AGUAGUAGUCUUUAAAUUUGUUAGUUUGACGUUUCAUUCAUAAUUUAUUCCAACCUCCAGCUACCUAUGCUAUGGCCAUGAAAAUAAGAAUUAGGCAAAGAGAGAAAGAAGUUGUUGCAUUAGGCUUGUGGUUGGUUGUAGAUGGCAUUCUUUGAUCUUGAAAACCAUUUUGCCUUCUAUGGAGCAUACCACAGAAACCCAGUUAACACAGCAAUCCAUGUCUUCUUUGUUUGGCCAAUUUUCUUCUCAGCCCUUCUCAUUCUCCACUUCUCCCCUCCCUUCUUCUUCUAUCUUCCAAACUUGGAGUUUUCUCUUUGGUGGAACAAUGUUGCUUUCGUCGUUGCUUUGCUCUACUCAAUUUUCUAUCUUGCUUUGGAUCUCAGAGCUGGUUCUCUUGCUGCUUUUCUUUGUGCCCUUUGUUGGAUCGGAAGUAGCUUUCUUGCAAGCCAACUUCGGUGGUCUCUGGCUUGGAAGGUAAACCAGGUUGUUCUGGUGGUUCAACUAGUAUGUUGGACACAGCUUUUUAUUGGUCACGGUAUAUUUGAGAAAAGAGCACCUGCUCUUUUGGAUAACCUCGUUCAGGCCUUUGUAAUGGGUCCUUUCUUUGUAUUGCUAGAGGUUCUUCACAAUUUAUUUGGUUAUGAGCCAUAUCCAGGAUUUCAUUCAAAAGUGCAAGCAAAAGUUGAAGCCAACAUCAAUGAAUGGCAAGAAAGUAAGCAGAAACUAUCUUAGGUUGGUGUGUCUGCAAAACCUAAAUAAUCUCCCACAAACAGAGGAAGAGCAUAAGCUAAAAAUGAAUAAAUCAUCAUAUAUGUGUGCAUUGUACUGAUAUAGUUCAAUAUUAUGUCACAACCUUGAAGCACUAAUGGAUUUACAAGACCAAAUAAAUGUUUCAUCUCAUCAA